AUGAGUGCGUUCUUUCUUCAGAAUAUCCUCGCUAUCAUCGUCACAAUGAUGGUAGCUACAGCGUACAAAAGUGAGAGAGAUAUUUCUUUUUCCAAUGCGGACAUUAUGUCUCAUCGCAAACCUCGUCCGCGAAAUUUUUCUUUUGAUCAAUCGUUUAUCGACAAGAUGAUGGAACAGCAACCUUCGCCUAUUAGAGCAAUAAGAGAUAAAACUAUCAAUCAGCAACAAGCUUUUCUGCCUUCGAAAGAUCACAUUACAUAUGCUCCUGAGUUUUCAAUUUUUCAUCAUCAACCGUCUAAACAAAAUUCCUUUACGGUAACGUCUUUUAAAGAUAAACCGUUGUUCAGAGACGCAAUAUUAAAAAAUCAGAAAUUGCGAAGAGAAAGAGAGGUUCUCAGAGACAAUUCUUUUAUCGUACAAGCGAUUACAUCGGAGGAGAGACAAGCGCCAAUAUAUAAAAGCCAAAUACCGUUUAAGGAACAAUUGUUUUCGAUUGAGAAGCCACUGAAAAAUUCACAUUAUGGACAGUUACCUUCAAGUAAACAAAUAUUGUCUCAGAAGCAACCGAUUUUUGUCAAAUUUCCUUCCAUAUCCGAUUCGAUCAAGUUCAAUCAAGAUGAAUCCUACAAUAAACUGAUUGAUUUGUAUGGACGGCAUAAGGAUAUGCAAACAUUGUCGAAUAAAGCAGGAUUUUCAAUGUACACUAAAUACGAUGAUCACGCAUUUGAAUUAUCUUCGCCAAUGUCUCCAUUUUCCAAACAUCUUUCUCCCUUAAAUAUCGACAUGACUCCGCCGUUGCCAUCAGCAUACAUUCAUGGACCUGAUUUGCCCAUAUCUUCUAUUCCUUCAAAUAUUUACGAAAUUUAUUCGUCAGAAGCUGUCAAGAUGAAACUCCGUUCAGCGUUGAUGUCGGAAUCGACUACAUCAUUACCAGGCAACAACUGUAAUGCGCCAAUCAACAGCUUCUCAACAACCGUUCCAUCAAUCUCAGUUAGCGCAAACCAAUCCUCUGCAGGUCAUAUCUUAACGAGUUUAACUACGAGGACCAAUUCGCCUGUCAUGGAUACAAUAUCAAUUCCAUCGAUUGUUGAAAACGGACCAAUUCAGUUUCACGCCACUAAUCAUGGAGCUCUCGUGACAUCUUCUCUUCCUACCCAAAGUGAAUUAAAGAGCAAUGUUCACUUGUUUAUGAACAUGCCGAAAAACAGUUUCAAUGAGCACUAUGUUAAAUUUCUGUUUCCGGAAAUGCUGAAGGACGACAUUAAAACCAGCACCCAAAACUCUAUGUUAAAUUAUAUUGUUUCUGAAGAGCACAAGAGCGGGUUGAAGGGUAUUCAGAACUCCUUUGCGGACUAUGCGUUGCCGGAGGGAUUUAAACACGGAUGGCCUUUACAACAAUUCUCACAAGCAGAAACGUCAUUCACUCCACUAUCCCUGAAUGAAAAGACAAACUUUGUUCUAUCAAACAUAUCUGCCAUACCUAUUUCGAUUAAUUCUUGGCCAAUGGAGACAAUGGCAAACGGUGACUUUAACACAAUAUUACCACUGAAGUCCAUAAUAGCAACUAACACGACAAAUAAUCAUUUGCCAUUAAGCCUAAGUUUAUCUUCAGACUUUAUGACGAGCAUACCAAACAGUCCGACUUCAAGUAUAUCCAAUAGUAUAUCUGGAAGCAUAACUGGUGGCAUAUCAACAGGCAUACCUAGUGGAAUGAUGGCGGACAUGCCUGCGAGCAUACCAACUUUGAAUCUUGGGCAAAGUUUACACCGUGUGGAACAAUUACGACAAACUCAAGAGACAAGAAAUCCCUGGUAUCCCACAGGUAUCUUAGUUAUACGCUAA